AUGUCUACGUUUUCAAGCAUCAGUAAAAAGCUUGCCAGUCAACGGCCUCACAGGGAGCGCUCUCAGCCAAAAUCACGAGCCCAUCUGGGUUUACUAGAGAAGAAAGCAGACUAUAAGGCUCGAGCAAAGGAUUACCAAGAAAAACGAGACACUUUGAAGAAAUUGAGGAAGUAUGCCUUGGACAAAAAUGAGGACGAAUAUCAUCAUCACAUGAUUAAUAGCGAGGUCAAGUUGGACGGUAGACAUUACGAGAAGAAGACGAAAAAGCAGGAAGAAGAUUCUGAAGUGCAGAAAAAGCUGAGUGAUGUGAAGGAUUUGGAAUACGUAAAAUAUAAGCUGCACGCAGAAAACAAGAAAAUCGAAGAGUUGAAAUCGGAACUCCAUUUCGCUGAUCCGAGUUGUGGCCUAGGUGCCAGUAAGCAUACAAUUUUUGUCGACGAUGAUGAGGAAGCCAAAACUUUCGAUCCUGUUGAAUACUUCGGCACUGAUGAGUCUGUAAUCGCCAGGAAGUAUAAUCGCCUACGAAAGAACGAUUUGGCCCGAAAGAAUGUUCUAGGAGCAGAAAGCAAAGAAGAUGUUAAAAAAGCUGAUCGGUUCAGACGUGCGCGGUAUUCUGAACUUAUGAAACGACAGCAAAGAGCGAAAGAGCUAGAGGUCGUAGUUGCUAAACUGGAGCUCAAAAAGGUCAUUCUGGAUUGUAAUUUGGCGCAAUCAAAAGGUUCGGAGCUACAACCUGUGAUGGAGAAACCAGGCACAGUGAAUCAUGCUGGAGUAUGGAAGUGGACCUAUGAAAGGAAGCGAUAG